AUGUCGGGCGAAACCCCCAAGGAGGAAACCCACGGCAAGGCGUGGGAGAAGGCCGAGAGGAAGUUCUCCCACAAAAAUGCCAGCGAAUAUUAUGAUCCUUGUCAGGACUUUGCGGAUCGAAGUCUCAAGUGCAUGAAGCGCAACGGCUUUGAUCGCGAGAUGUGUGGCGACUACUUCCAGGCUUAUCGAGAUUGCAAGAAGAACUGGUUGAAUCAAAAAAAGGCGGCUUAG